AUGAAAGCCUCCCCGAUAAUCGUCAACUGGCAUGCUGAGAAUGCCCCAAUAUACUCUGCCGACUACCAGCCUCACGGAAAGGGGCGAUUGGCAACAGGUGGUGGGGAUAACAAUGUCCGAUUAUGGAGAAUAGACGCCGAGGGAGAGGAUCGAAAGGUCGAAUAUCUGUGUACGAUGGUCCGGCAUACCCAGGCUGUAAAUGUGGUCCGGUGGAAUCCUCGAGGGGAUGUAUUAGCAUCUGCUGGUGAUGAUGGGAAUGUUAUCACCUGGGUCCUCGAUUCGCAGAACGGCAAGCCCACAUUGGGAGAGGAUGGACUGGAAGAUAAAGAGGCCUGGCGGACGAGACAUAUGUGCCGAUCGACGGGUGCUGAGAUAUACGACUUGGCCUGGUCUCCUGAUGGUGUCUACUUUAUAACUGGGAGCAUGGACAAUGUUGCCAGGAUCUACAAUGCUCAAACAGGUCAACUCAUACGCCAGAUUGCUGAACAUCAACACUACGUUCAAGGUGUAACAUGGGAUCCUCUCAACGAGUACAUCGCAACCCAAUCAUCCGAUCGAUCCGUACAUAUCUACACACUGAGGACAAAAGAUGGAAGUUAUGUUCUUGAUAACAGGGAUGAGAUACCAAAGAAGAUUGGAAACAACAUGAAGAUGGAUUUACCAGGUCGAAGAAUAUCGUCGAAUAGCCCUGCACCUCCUGAUACGGGAUUCCGUUCCCAGCUACCAAUCGAGCCCCCUGCUAGUAUUGGAUCGCCAGUUCCAUCAUGUCCAGGAACUCCGACAUCUUUGGCAUUGCCUAUGAACCCGCCCAGUACGAUCAGCCAUAGUAGGAGAUCAUCUUUUGGGGCGGCUUCGCCAGCUAUGUCAAUGCGCCGAUCCGCCUCCCCAGCACCUUCCAUGCCAUUGCCAGCUGUAAUGCCAAUGGAAGCAUCCCCGAGAGUUGGGCUUGGAGUUAAAAAUGCGAAUAUCUACGCCAACGACACGCUCAAGUCGUUCUUCCGCAGAUUGACCUUUACACCUGACGGAAGCCUUCUCUUCACUCCAGCUGGACAGUACCAAAACCAGUUCAAGGGACUAGAUGAUACGACGAAGCCGACGAGUGACGUGAUAAACACGGUCUACAUCUACACCAGAGGUGGGAUCAAUAAGCCCCCAGUGGCACAUCUUCCCGGGCAUAAGAAACCUUCGGUUGUGGUGAAAUGCUCUCCAAUAUUUUACAACAUUCGAAAGGGACCAGUAACAACAAAAAACAUCACAAUUGACACCUCAUCGGCGGAUGAUACCCUGAUGGCUCUCCCAGAACCUGCAGUUGCUCCAAAAUCACCCUCACAUUCUGUCAUGGAACCACCUCCACUUAUUCUACAAACAAGUGAUCCCUCAGGACCAACCUCUUCACCAAAACCGAAGUCAUUAGAGGUGGAAACAAAUGCAUCGACUCAAGGGCCUCCAAUGGCAUUCAGCUUGCCGUAUCGAAUGAUAUAUGCAGCUGCAACCGAAGAUGCCGUCCUUCUAUACGAUACUCAACAACAAACACCGCUCUGCAUCGUUAGCAAUCUGCACUGUGCGACCUUUACAGACUUGACUUGGUCCACCGACGGUCAAACCCUCCUAAUGACCUCCUCCGACGGCUUUUGCUCAACCCUAACCUUCUCCCCUUCCGAAUUGGGCGAGGUAUACAAAGGCGAAGUCCCCACGGCCAAACACCCAAUCAUAUCCACAACUUCAUCCCAAACCACCCCCAUGGCAACACCAACGGCCAUCGCGCCCCCCUCCCCCUUCCCAUCAUCCCACCACCGCACAUCCUCCAAUCUAUCCGUUGCUCCUUCUCCACCACCGACCUCAUCAGGCAACAUUACAGGCACUAUCCGUCCCUCAUCUCCAACCCGCUCCAAUUCAACGUCGUCGAUAGCAACACAAUCAUCAUACGCUACCCCUGGCACGAUUAUCAGUAAUCCUACAUUAGUAGGCGGCACGUUAGCGGGCAUCGCGGCAGGUAAUAGCUUCAUGGCUGCGACUCCACCACAGACGCCGCGUAGUACGACGAGCAGUGUGAGUGGGGUUAAGAGGGAUGCGGGGGCUAGUGAGAGUGAUGUGGAUGUGGAGGAUGGUGGGGUGAAGAAGAAGAGGAGAAUUGCGCCUACGCUUGUUGAGAAUACAAAUCCACCGUCAGGAGGGCCGUAA